CAGUGUUCAGUUGUCAUCAAGAAGUCUGGAAAGCAAUACUGGAGCACACACCUCUCUGACAGCGACUUUGGUCUUCAUAUUGCUGUGCUGUUGGAUGAUGUCUCUCGUCGCCAAGUGUGUGGUGGCGUGCCUGCAGCUCCUAGUAUGGGCGUUCGCCGGUACUGCGGCUUAUCCAGCCACGCCUCACGGGACCCCAGAUGACCUCCGCUCAGGCAUCGCCAUGGCUCAGAUGAUCCUGGCUCAGCAAGCGCAGCUCUUCAGGGAACUUAUUAACGCAACAAAAGAAAGCCAUUCAUGCUGUUCUGCUGGAAAGUCAGACCUGCCAGAAUCCAUCUCUGACUGCCCUUACCCCUUCAAGCAAGUGCUGGAUGAGUGCUACUACCUGAGUUCCAACACCCUCACCUGGCACAACGCCCGUCACUCCUGCCAGGGCAUGGGCGGCGAGCUGGCCAUGCCCAUUUAUCUCUACGCACUCAGAAACUUCGUUGCCGGUGAAAGAGGGCCACCACGUUCGGUGUGGGUUGGAGCCAACAACCAUAACGGCGGAUGGAGGUGGCUGAACGGCCUGCCGGUGGACGAUGCGGAGUGGGGAAAGAAGCAGCCCAACAACAGGAGACCAACAGACCAGUGCCUCGCAGUCAGACGGGACCGACACCCAGUGCUGGACGACAUGGGGUGCGGAUCAAACCUGCGCUUCGUGUGUCAGUACCAUCCGGUAAAGAAGUAGCGUUGCAGACUCGUCGCAAGGAAAAACUAAUGCCUUGGUUCUUCUUAGAUAUAUAAAGUUCUUAACCUUGAAUUUUAAGUAUCAGAGGGAUCAUAUAUGGCACGUCAAUCCUAUGUUGUUGAAUUUUAAAACAGAAGUUGAUAUUUUUGUUGUACGUAUCUUGUCAGGUGAAUCUUUGUUAUUUAAUAUUUAUUCUGUUAGAGUGAUGGUAUAGCAUAUACGUCAGUACUUUACAAAACCUCGAGAUUUUCUAACAAGUAAUGUCUGUAUUUACAAAUGUAUAAGUGAGUGAUAUACCGUACAACAAACUUGGUGCGCACC